AGGCGGUGCGCCGGGUGGGCGGGCAUGGGGCUGUUCUGGCUACGGGUCCUGGGGCGACCAGCCGGCCCGGUGCUGAUUCGUGCGGCGGCCUGGGAGUCCCCGGCUGCGGGACCGCGACCGCGAAGAGCAGAGUGGGCGCGUGGUGGCACCCGCAGUUUCCACCGAGCCGCGGUCGCCAUGGCCCCGAUCAAGGUGGGAGAUCCCAUUCCUCCCGUGGACGUGUUUGAAGAACAGCCUGGGAACAAGGUCAACCUGGCUGAGCUGUUCAAGGGGAAGAAGGGCGUGCUGUUUGGAGUCCCUGGAGCAUUUACCCCAGGUUGUUCCAAGACCCACUUGCCUGGAUAUGUGGAGCAGGCCGGGGCUUUGAAGGCCAAAGGUGUGCAGGUGGUAGCAUGCCUGUGUGUGAACGAUGUCUUUGUGACUGCGGAGUGGGGACGCAGCAAUAAGACAGAAGGCAAGAUCCGGCUCCUGGCUGACCCUACCGGGGCCUUCGGGAAGGAGACAGAUUUGUUGCUAGAUGAUUCCUUGGUGCCCCUCUUUGGGAACCACAGGCUCAAGAGGUUCUCCAUGGUGGUAGAGGAUGGAGUAGUGAAGGUCUUGAACGUGGAGCCAGACGGCACCGGCCUCAGCUGCAGCCUGGCUCCCAGCAUCCUCUCCCAGCUCUGAGCCCCGCCUCGCCUGGAGCCACCCAGAUGGAACCUUGGUCUAAUUUCCUGCAAUAAAUACUCUGUAUUCGGUC